GGAUUUGGGGUGUAUAGGCAGCUUGGAGUCUCCUCCCGGAUCUCUUGUCUCCUCUGCUGCACCUGCUGCGCUGCGGCUGCUGCAGCUAGAUGGAAGGCUGCAGCAGCAAGCGUUAGUAACAGAUAAUGUGCAGCAGCUUUUAAACGGAAUAGACAGACAGAGCAGCAGCAGCAACAGGGAAAGCAGCAGCAGCAGCAGCAGCAACGAGAGGCAGCAAGUGCGCGACGAGCUGCUGCUGCUGCUGCUGCAGACAGUUGCAGCCUUCAGUGUUGGGGCUUUUCGCCUUGGUGGACCCAACUUCAAAGGCAGCAACAGCCACAGCAGCAGCAACAAGAGCAGCAGCUGCUGCUGCUUCUGCAGCACAAGAAGCGGGAGGCGCAGCAGCAACAGCAGAAGCAGCAGCAGCAGUAGCACCAGCAGUAGCACCAGCAGUAGCAGGAGUAGCAGCAGUAGCAGCAGCAGCAACAACAGCAGCAGCAGCAGCAGUAGUGUCAGCAACAGCAUUAACAUCAGCACCAUCGGCACCAGCAGUAGUAGCAGCAGCAGCAGUAGCAUCAGCAACAGCAGCAGCAGCAGCAGCAGAAGUAGCGGUAGCAGCAGCAGCAGCAACAGCAGCAGCAGCAGCAGCAGGAUGUGUGUAAAGUCUCCUUUGCUUGUCCCUCCCCAUCUGCUGCUAAACGCUGCUGCAGCAGCACCAACCCAAACCCCUGAGGCGCCCCACCUUGCGGCUCCAGAGGCAUCGUUGCAGCAGCCAGCAGCAGCAGCAGCAAGAGCAGCAGCAGCAGCAAGAGCAGCAGCAGCAGCAGCAGCAGCAGCAGCAGCAGGUGAAGGUUCAGCUAUUGGUUUAAGCCCCUCUUCCUGCAGCAAACAGGACACCGAAGAAGUUGUCUCCUUUUCCCCAACCCCAGAGGUUGUUGUGCUUGAUGGAGACACACAGCAGCAGCAGCAACAGCAGCAGCAGCAACAGCAGCAGCAGCAGCGGCAGCAGCAGCAGCAGCAGCAGGGGGGUUUCGAAGUGCUCCGACAGGUUUUCUUUGGGGGUGUCAAUCCAAAGGUUGCGCCCCACAGGUAUCUGAGGUGUAUAGACAGCUGUCUUGCUGCUUAUUCUCGCUAUUGCUGUAGCGACAGGACUCGUGAGUCUGCAGCAGCAGCAGCAGCAGCAGCAGCAACAGCUGCUGCUGCUGCAGCGGAUGCAGGAGCAACGCAUCAUAAACAGCAGGACGCGGAGGAAGAAAGUACCUGCAGCUGCUGCAGUUGUAACAGCAGCAGCAGCAGCAAAUACAGCAGCAGUAGCAGCAGCAAAUACAGCAGCAGCAGCAGUAGCAGCAGCAGCAGUAGCACCAGCAGCAAGGACUCAGGUGUAUGGGCACCUUUGUUUAUCAAUGCUUCAGGGUGGGUUGUAGGUCUAGGGGAGAGGCUGCUGCCGCUGCUGCUGCAGCGCAGCAGCUGCUGCUACUGUUUGCUGCUGGAGCAGGAUCAAGAAGGGCUGCUGCUGCAGCAGCUGCUGCGCGACGCGGGCGUGGAGACAGUGCUGCUGCCGCAGCAGCAGCAGCAGCAGCAGCAACAGCAGCAGGAACCGCAGCAGCAGCAGAAGCCGACGCAACACCACCACCACCAGCAGCCUCCACAGCAGCAACAGCAACUGCAGCAGCAACUGCAGCAGCAGCAGCAACGAGCCAGUGGUGUUAAGGUCCCUGUACGAUGUCUUGCAGAACAGCAGCAGCAGAAUGGGGCAGAAGAAACAGCAAAUAAAGCAGCAGUAGCAACUGCUGCGGCUGCUUCGCUUGCUGCUGCUGCUGCUGCUGCUGCUGCUGCAAGCCCCAUGCAGGAGCCCAAAGAGAAUCCAGCAGCAGCAACAGCAACAGCAGCAACAGCAGCAGCAGCAGCAGCAGCAGCAGCAGCAGGUGUCUUGAGGCAGCAGCAGCUGCUGCUGCAGCAGCUGCUCGGGCAGCAGCAGCAGCGACUCCAGCACUACCUCUGGGUCUCUCUCGCCUCCUGGCAGCAGCUGCUGGCGCUGCUGCCAAUGGGGGGAGGCCCCUUGAUCUCUUUGCUGCCGCAGCAGCAGCAGCAACUGCAGAAGACGCAGCUGCAGCAGAAGGAGCAAAAGAAGCAGCAGCAGCAACAGCUGCUGCAGCAGACGCAAAAGCAGCAGCAGCAUCUCGUCGCACAAUCACUACCAUUUUGCGGCGCAGACUUAUCGUGGGAGUCGCUGCUGCUGCCUCUGCAGCAGCAGCUGCUGCUACAGCCACACCAGCAGCAGCAACUGCAGCAGCAGCAGCAAUCUUUCUCGGUUGUUGUUCUCCAUUUACGACGCCUUCGCUUUGCUUUGCCUCAGCUGCCGCCCCAAGGCUUUGCUCCCGCCUUAGCUGCGCAGGUACGAGCAGCAGCAGCAGCAGCAGCAACAGCAGCAGCAGCAACUGCAGCAGCAGCAGCAGCAGCACAAACAGCAGCAGCAGCAGCAGGCAAGGCAGUGUCGAGGCUGCUGCAGGCUCUGCCCCGCGCGACGGUGGCCUUGGCGUGGGAUCCGACUCCAAUCAGCAGCAGCAGCAGCAGCAACAACAACAAGAGCAGCCGCAGCAAGAGCAGCCGCAGCAGUAGCCGCAGCAGCAGCCUCAACAGCAGCAGCAGCAGCAGCAGCAGCAGCAGCAGCAGCAGUAUAAGGUGCGGCUGCGGGUGUUUGUGUGUCUCUUGCGUCUCUAAGCGCCGGGUGUCUGUACACCUCGUUAAAAGCGAUGCGCAUUUGCAGCAAAUUGCGUUGGGUUUUAUUAUCUCUGUAAAUGCAGACAAUGAAGAAGCCCUGGCUUUAAUCCCCUCAGCAGCAGCAAACCCAGAGGCGCUAAAGAGAUGCAACACCCUUAUUCUCAGCGAGGGUUUGCGGUUUUCUCCGCAGCCCCCUCAGGGCGCCGCCUCCUGUACGCCACAGUCGAAGCAGCUAGCAGCAGCAGAGACAGCAGCAGCAGCAGCAGCAGCAACAGAGGCUGCUGCUGCUGCUGCUGCUCAAGCAGGAGGGAUUGUGCUCUGGUCGUGCCCCUCUAGCAGCAGCAACAGCAGCAGCAACAGCACAAGCAACGGCAGCAGCAACACCAGCAGCAACACCAGCAGCAACACCAGCAGCAACAGCUGCAGCAACGGCAAGGGCAACAGCAGCAGCAGCAAACGGGGGCCCCCAUCGGACAUAUACCCUUGGAGUCUGCUUCCUGCUCUCAGCCGCUGCACUUCUGCUGCUUUUCUGGAGCCCCCCAAUGCAGCAGCAGCAGCAGCAGCAGCAGCAGAUGUGCAGCCAGCUGAGGCUGGCUUUAGCAGGGGUAGUAAGAAGCACCGCACGUCAGCAGCAGCAUCUGUUGCAGCAGCAGCAGAAACAGCAGCAGCCGAGAGCUUAGGUGUUGCUGAAGCUGCUACAGUCAUGGGUGCAGCUGCAGGUGGCUCUGCAGCAGCAGCAGCAGCAGCAGCAGCAGCAGCAUCUGCUACAGCAGCUGCUGCUGCUUUACCGUCACUGGAGCUGUGCAGCCGCAGCAGCAAAACCCCGUUCCGUGGCUCUGUCCACCUCGCCCUCCGCACUAGCAGCAGCAGCAACAGCAGCAGCAGCAGCAACAGCAACAGCAGCAGCAACAGCAGCAGCAGCAGCAUUAGUUGGGGGCGGCGGCAGACAACUCGCCGCAAUUUGCUGCGAUUGGCUGCGCGCAUUCGUGCAGAUGGAACGCAUGCAAGGAACGAAUAA